AUGGCUUGGAUACCCGGAAUUGACGAACUUGGUUCCGGAUAUGAUUAUUUAAAUGGGCAAUAUGCUCAAAGUGAAUCAUGUACUGAAAAUUUAUUUGACUGGAGUAAUAUUCCAACACACGAAAGAAAAUACAAUGGUCAGACUUAUAUUAUACCUGACACC